AUGGAAGCUAUGCCGCUGGUCUUAUACCUUCAUGGAGGUGGCUUCAUUAUUGGAACUAGGUUCACUCAUCGAGCAUUAACUGCUGGCUUUGCACGAAGAGGUCUGCAAGUGCUAUCAAUUGACUAUCGGCGGAUGCCUGGGCAUGUGUAUCCAGCACAGCUGUCGGAUUCGUACAGUGCCCUUGUUUACGCAUUAAAGGAUUUGAUGAUUCCACAUUCUGAGAUUAUCGUUGCUGGUGAUUCAGCAGGUGGAAAUCUCGCAUAUUCUUUGGCAAUGUAUAUCAGAGACAAUAAGCCAGAAGAUACUCCAGCUGGGCUCAUUCUGAUAACACCAUGGGUUGAUCUUACAAGCUCAUCACCAACAAUAAUACUCGGUGACGAAUUCGACUGGGAUGUUCUUGCUGUUGGAGAUAAACAGCAAAACACCCAACAGAGACUAAUUCGGCAUGUGAAGGACUACUCGGGUAUGACAUCACCAACACACCCUUCCAUAUCUCCUAUAUACGAUACAGGAAACAUCAGCGUCCCCAUAUUCCAGACAGUCGGUACCGUUGACCGUCUGUAUGCCGAAAAUCUCCUACUGUAUCAGAAAAGAAUAGCAGAGUCAGCUGGAUUCCAGCAACAGCUAUAUAUAUUUAAAGAGAAGGUCCACGAUUUUCAGAUGAUUCCAAGUAAAGCUACGACAUUGGCAUUGGACUUACAAGUCCAGUUUGUCAAGGAUGUAAUGUCUGGGAAAGGAACUAAAAGCGGGGCACAUGAGGUUGGAGUGGAUAAUAAGACGAUCACGUCUAUAACAGAUGAAGAUGUACGGAAGAGACUAGCGGGGCUGGUUAAUCGUGCUGAAAUCAAGGAUGGAAUGUAUUUCAUGCCUUUUAGCACAUCCAGCAGUAAAUUAGAACAUUAA